CCUCCCUCCCUUCUCUCCCGAAGGCGAAAAUGGCAGGGCCGGGCGGGGACCUGGGACAGCGGUGGCCCUAGCUCUGCCGUCCCCACCCCUCCUGCUGAGAGGCAGCGCGUUGCCCUCAGAUGAUGCAGCCCCAGCUACUCCCGAGUGAGUCUUCGGCCCGGGUCCCCGCUCUCGCCCCUCUUGUCUGUUCGUUCCAUACCGCGGAGAGGAGUUGAUGCUGCUGUCGCCCCCGCUGCCGCCACCGCCGCCGAAGCCUGGGCUGAUGGAUGCCAGGGAGUGCCGCAUUGCUUAGCGUCCCCGCCUCCGGGUUUGCUGACACUCUCUCCCCGCCCUGGAUCUCAGCGCUGAAGAACCACCUUAUUAUUAAUCAGAAUUCCCAUCGUUAUCCCUGGCAGGCGCAUCCUUCAGUAGGAACUGCAGAAACAUCACUGUGCCGGGGCUGAGAUGUGCGUGGGGGUUGUUUUUAUUACAUCUUGGAAGAGGAGAGAAGAGGACCGCACCAUGAUCAGAACCCCUCGUGCUAGGUGGGAUUAGGGGUGUUUCAUUCAGAGAGAAAGGACCAGAAGGAUCAGGGAGCAGGGCCCUCCAGAGGUCCAUGUUUCUUUAAAGAAGAGGGAACUAAACAGGGCGUUGUUUUUAGGUGUUUGGGGGAAAGUUUAUAUCCUCCACAGUAAAGCUGUUGGAAAGCAAGUGCAACAGGGUACUUGAUUAAUCACAAAGAUCAAUUCUUUCCUGUAAAGGAGAAGCAGGCAGCAGGGAGGUCUGGGGCCAGAGUGUGGAAGUGGCAAAGGCCAGGUUUGUUGUGGGACAGUCAACAAGAGCUUCAGAGCAAAGGCUCUGGAACAACAGAACAAUGACUCAUUUACAAGCUGGUCUUUCCCCUGAGACCCUGGAGAAAGCUCGCCUGGAACUGAAUGAGAACCCAGACACGCUGCACCAGGACAUCCAGGAGGUGAGGGAUAUGGUCAUCACUAGACCGGACAUUGGCUUCCUGCGCACUGACGAUGCUUUCAUCUUACGCUUCUUGCGGGCGAGGAAGUUUCAUCACUUUGAGGCCUUCCGCCUCUUGGCCCAAUACUUUGAGUAUCGUCAGCAGAACCUGGACAUGUUCAAAAGCUUCAAGGCCACUGACCCUGGCAUCAAGCAGGCGCUGAAAGAUGGUUUCCCUGGGGGCUUGGCCAAUCUGGACCACUAUGGCAGGAAGAUUCUAGUCCUUUUUGCUGCCAACUGGGAUCAGAGCAGGUACACACUGGUGGAUAUUCUGCGUGCCAUCUUACUUUCUUUAGAAGCCAUGAUUGAAGAUCCUGAGCUUCAAGUCAAUGGAUUUGUUUUGAUCAUAGACUGGAGUAACUUCACCUUCAAGCAAGCCUCUAAACUUACGCCAAGCAUGCUGCGAUUAGCUAUUGAAGGUCUUCAGGAUAGUUUCCCAGCACGAUUUGGAGGAAUUCAUUUUGUCAAUCAACCCUGGUACAUCCAUGCCCUGUACACUGUGAUCCGGCCUUUCCUGAAGGAGAAGACUCGGAAAAGGAUAUUUCUGCAUGGUAACAAUUUGAACAGUCUACACCAACUAAUUCAUCCUGAGAUCCUGCCCUCUGAGUUUGGAGGAAUGCUGCCCCCUUAUGACAUGGGAACAUGGGCAAGAACACUGCUAGACCACGAGUAUGACGAUGACAGUGAGUACAACGUGGACUCCUACAGCAUGCCUGUGAAGGAAGUAGAAAAGGAGCUCUCCCCAAAGUCCAUGAAGAGAUCCCAAUCAGUAGUGGACCCCACUGUACUAAAGCGUAUGGAUAAAAACGAGGAAGAAAACAUGCAACCUUUGCUUUCUCUGGACUAAUAACUUCUCCACGCCUACUCCACGGAUUAGAAAUGGAAGGUACUAGUUUUCAGCAACAGGGCUAGCACUGUGGAGGAAUUACCAGCUGGAAAUCUAUUUAUUCAUGUUAAUGUAGCAUAAUAUAUAAUAAGGCAUCAGGCUUUCUCAUUUGCCUGAACCAUGGGUGCCCUGGGCUGGAUUUAAAAAAAAAAAAAGUCAAUAAUUUAUUCUGUAAGUGCCAAGUUCUUUGUAAAUACAGUGUAAUCUUCAUGUCAAGUUUGUAAAUUUUGGUAGCGAUUUACUUUGGGAAAGAUUGACUCAAAACUUGAAGCCAGUGAUAUGAACUAUAUAACAAAAAGCAGAAAAGACGCAUAAAGUAUCAAAGGUAAUUGAAAUGUAGCCCUGUUUCCUAUGAAGCCAUAUUUCUGCUCUCAUAGUGAAUAGUUUCCUUGUUUUGUCUCUGAAACUCAAUAUUCAAGUAUACUUUGGGCACAAGAAACUAUAGAAAUUAUUGUAAUUAAUGUAUUCCUAUUUAGUGAUAUUCACUUCAGACAGAAUGUGUCCUAGGACUAUCACUGGCUUUGCAUUCUGGAGACAGAGAAUGACAGAUGAGCUGGUGAACUAAACACUUGAACUCUUUCAUGUUCAUUCCUGGAGUCUUGCAAAAAGAUGUCUCCCCACUUAAAAUGUGGAAUUUUGAACUGCUGUCUUCACCACGUGUCCUUUAUUCAAGGUCCCCUCGUUCCCCCCCCCCCAUGUGAUGUACUUUAAAAAUGUUUCCCUUCAAAACUCUUUGGCCAAGAAAAUGAAAACCCAUAUGUGACUAGCAUUUUGACAUCUAAUUUGGAAAACAAAAUUUGCCACUUAUAAAUAAGUGGCUAAUUUCUAAUUGUUGUGCACUUGUUGAAAUAUAUAUAUAUAUAUAUAUUCACACAUACAACAUAUAUAUUUUUACUGAGCUCUAAUAAAUCCUUGAUGUGACAGGCUUAUAAAAUAAAUCAUGCAUAUUAAUGAUGUUAGAGAUGAUGCAGAUAAUUAAUUGCCUGGGAUACUAACUCUGGAAAAUCACCUUCACUGAAGUUAAUGAAAAUGAGAAAUAGUGAAACACACUUUAAUGUACCUGUAUAAGGGACAUACAAUAUACUUUAUAAUAUAUUUUGAAUAUGUGCCACUUUUCUGAAAUAUGUUUUUUCUUCAAACAAUAGGUUUCAACAUUGUGUAGGUGAACAAAAAGUUAAUUAUUUUUUCUCGGUUUUAGUUAGUUGUCAUAGAGUUCUUGUAUGUCUGCUUUUUUCCCCCCAAAAGAUUGAAAGAAUAUGCUGCAACCAGGUUAUAAUGAAAGCAUGUGAGGGCAUCUGAGCAUAUGAUCGUUUAAAUCUGUUUUUAAAAUCUGUAUAUUAUUUAAAAUUUUAUUUUCUAAAGUUUUAUGAUAUAGCACAUUUAAGAUCUUAUUUUAAAUCUCAAACUCCAGCAUGAAAAAGCAAGAUUUUUAUCACCCUUUCAGCAUGAUCACGAUGAAUUUUGAGACUGAGAAUUUACCAUUGAUGUUCUUUUGAAAGACAAAUAUCUGCAAUAACUGGGAAACCAACAUAAGUAAAGGCAUGUAAUGAAUGACCUUUACAUACUUCUAGCCAAAAGCUUCAAAAACUCCUAUUAUGAUUCUACUAACAAUCUUAAAAUCAAACCAGUACAACAUUCUGCAACAUACCAAGACUGUCUGACAUUAAUAAAAAUACAUAAAUUAACAAGAAUAAAAGAUACUUUAGGAAUGGCAGCUUCCUAUCCAGAGCAAAAGAAUAAGGACUGUCAAGAACUCUACCCACCCUUGUUACAGAGAUUAGAAUGAUCGGGGGAUUAAAAGCUACAGCAAUUUUCUAAGAACACAACCCUUUAUGUAAUUAUGUUUUUGUUUACCUGACAUACAUGCUAUAGUUCUGGCUUUGUGUACUACAUAAACAUGUGGUAGGCAGUACGAUCUAUUGGAAUCCAAUAGAAAUCACAGAAGUACAGAAGGGCAAUCAACUGUUCUUUCUUACGAAUUUCUCUGAAUGUGCACCCUUUAUUGCCAGUUUUCAGAAUUCUACCAGCUUCAGAUGUCAACCAGCACAGUCAGCUUCUUUCUCCUGUCAUAUAGUCAGUGUCAUAUAUAAAAAUAACUAGUAUCAUUUGUACUCUCUCCCUACCCCACGUUGGAAAUUUUGCAUUGGCAUUGCCAUGUGUGUGCCUGAUCUUGCUCAAAUGAGCAAUUGAAAGUUGGCUAGAUUGUGUAAAAUAGUUAAAAAUGAAUGAACAAAUCACAGCAAUGAUGCCUUUUGAAAUUGCUAUAUCUAGUUCAGUCAGUGAGUAAACUCAUUUCCCAGCAGUUCUGAAGCUGCUUAGUCAAGGGAUUUUCGUUCAACUUUAAAACAUUUCCCCUCAGCAUCAUCUAACUAGUGCUAUUUAGGCAAUUUUUUCUUCUCAUGUGAUUUUUUUUAACAUCAUGUAGCUAUCUACUGUUAUAUAACCUAGUAAAUAAACAUCCCUAUAUUUCUUCACAUUAGUUGCAAUAGUACCCCAUUGACACUCACAUCUACACUAGUCUCCUAGAAGUUUUGCCUCUCUACUUUGAGAGCCAUAAUUCACUCUUUCAAUCGUCUUGUUACUUGAAAAUUGUGGACUUUAAAGAGUUAUCACACUGAUUUGAAUAGUACAGUAGUCCAUUUAAUUUUUUUUUCUUCUUUUUUUUUUUUUUUUUGUGGUGCUGGGGAUCAAAGCCAGUGCCUUGAUCACACUAGGCAAGCACUAAAGUCAACAACUCAGCUACCGGUCCGCACUCCAUCAUGUACUUCUCUCAGCUAGACUACACCAUCUUUGAUUUCUAAUUUCUUUCUUCUUCCUUUUUUUUUUUUUUUUUUUGUACUGGGAUUGAUCUCAGGGGCACUUGAGCCACAUCUUCAGCCCUAUUUGUAUUUUUUAUUUAGAAACAGGGUUUCACUGAGUUGUGUUGCAACUUGCAUUUACUGGGGCUGGCUUUGAACUCAUGAUUCUCCUAUCUCAGCCUCCAGAGUUGCUGGGAUUACAGGCAGCUGUGUGCCACUGCAUUUUUCUGCCCGUAGUUUCAGGGAAGCUGCUUCCAAAACUAAUUUAAAAAUAAAUAAUUCUUGUUAUCAUGCCAUCAGUGAUAUUUGCCUAUGUUUUGACUACUAUGUUAAAAAGUAAGAGGUUAUCAUGAAAAUGUACUUUUAAGAACUAUGAAGAAGUGCCUCUUUAAAAAUAAGAUAAAGCAGUGACACUGGCGUCUACAUUCUAUUUGUAUGCUCUUUCAAAAAGUCAAUAUCUACACCGAUAUUAUAAGGUAAAACAGAUAAGAAGGAUAUUUGAGGACCUGCUUAGAACAUCCUCUUACAGUAUUAAGUCUGUUGUGUAAGUUCAAUAGAGUAACUUUAACCCAUGCUAUUUACAAAACUAGUACUAUGCUAAAAUAACACAAAGUAUUAAAUAGAGUUUUCAAAGCAAGGUUUUGAAGUGGGCAUGCAUGAUUUCUUUCAUUUUAAUAGUAGUUUGCAUAAGUGUAGGCAGAGGCAUUUCCUAAGUCUUUUCCUAUAAGAUGCUUGUUUGCUUCACAGUACUAAAAUUCACACAUUCAUGAACAGGAAACCCAAGCAAGUAGAUUCUCUGUAAUAUUGGUAACUAGGUCACAUUGUUAAAUCAACAUUGAAAGUUUCUGCAGUAUUCCUAAGGGAACAGAAUUCACUCUAGUGCAUUAAGAUAAUGGAGAGUUGUUUUUAGACUAUGGGAACAAAUUUAUGCCUCUUCACAAAAAGAAACCUUUAGAGCCAUGGCAAUGUGUCUUCAGGCACAGGAUUCUUGUGCUUCUACAAACAGUCUAAAGGUUUCUGGAUGUAUCUGUGGACCUUUAAAGAAGUUGUAUCAAGAAAAACCUGGGGAGAGGCUAUACACCCUUCUGUUUUAUUUAAAGGUCUACCUUCUCUGGUUGGCUGAUAAUGUCUCUUUGCUUCUUUUUUACUUAUUUAUUUAUUUUUGUUUUUGUUUUGUGCAUCUAUCAAUAUUUACAUAAAAAUUUGCUAUCAGCCAUGGAGGGAUUCCAGAAAGAGUCUCAACACACAAGAUCAAAUGAGCCAAGUUUGUAUGAUAUCUGAACUUUCAUAUAUGAAAGAUUGAAAUCAGUAGGCUCAUAGGCAUAUAUUCUAUUUAGACCUCUUCUACAGAUGCAGAGCCUAAAACACAGUAGUGCUUUUUGAAUUUGUGAGGGCUUUCAUUACAUCAUGCAUGAAUAGAAAGAUAUACAAAUGUAUCAGAACAAAAGAAGAGGACUGGCUGAAUAUCCAGGAUGAAUAUAAUCUUCAGUAAUGGAAAACAUUUAUUUGUCUUAUUUUGUCUCUGUUGAAAAAACAGCUUCUCACAUGCUAUGGGAACUAUUUGGCACUGUUUACUACUUGAAAGCAGUAAAUAAGUAGAAAUAGAAAAAAUAACUUGACUUUCCAACAUUAUCAGAUCAAAAUCUUUAAAACUUAGAGAAUAUUGUCUUUCUUCACAAGUUCAAGUUUUAAUUAUAUAACUAUAUUGAGGUUAACCCCACAUAAAAGUAAUUCUACAAGGUCUGUUCUGUGUAAAUAGGAGAAUGAAUUCCUCAAUACUGUUGGAAAAAAUAUAAAAUAGCAAUUCUGUGUAUUGAAACACUCAUAUAAGGCUUUGAGUUCAAAGAAAAAAGGAGUAUGAAUGGUAAUAAUGUUAUAAAAAAUUAUAAACCAAAUAGUUAUAGGUACAAAAAGGCACUUUUAAAGCAAAUACUGAAAAAUGUCAACAAUUUACAUGGUAUUUGGUCAGUAUUUGAUUUAGCUUCAAAUCUCAAUGUAAAUAUUUCUGUCCUUAAUAAUAUAAUUACAUCAAUACUGUCAGAAUUACUAUUUGUGGUGAAAGAGAUCAACCUAAAUUAAAAUUGAACUAAAUUUUAACAAGACUUUUAAGCAUGAACCAGUUUCUAACCAUUUUGAAAAAUUGCCAUGAACUACAAUUGUUAUGCAUGUCACAGAGAUUCAAAGUGUUUGUCUUGUUUCUGAUGUGUUUUUUCAGGUUUCAUGUUUGUUUUAAAAAUAUAUAAAAUCUCAGAAGUCAAUUUUUUUUAAUGUUCAAUGGUUCCAGGAAAAAAAAUGUUUAGGAGAAAGUUAUACAAGCUUCUGAAGAAUAUUAAGCACACUAUUUAUUAUUGGGCUCAAAUGAUGUAAUUAUUUAUUACUAUACACUAUUUAUGUACUACUAUACACUGUUUACUAUUUGAUCUUUUAAGAAAAUUCUUUAUUCCGAUAGACUAUUGUAAAUAAUGUAAUAUAAUUUUGGAAUAAGUAUACAUUUCAGUUUUAAAAAUACAUUUAUUUUGCAUAUGGUGUAUGUUAAAUUUGGAGGAACUAGAUCUAUAAACUGGAGAUUUCUAAUAAGCAUCUAAAUAUUGACAGUAGUUUUAUUUUGACAGAAAUAGCUGACUAUUUAGGUUGGGAUACUUCAAGUUUUCCAUUAUUUGUGUUGGGUUUAAGAGGAAAAACAUAAUUUUUUAUGUAUUUUUUUCUUUAAAAAUAUUCAGUAUUCUAUAACUUCUAGACAAAUUUUCAAAAGAUCAUUUGAAUGAAGAAGUCAAACUUUAAGUUGUAUAUAACACAGGACUGAUCAUUAAAUAAAAAUGUAAGGUUUUAAUAUCCCUUUAUAAAACUAUUAGAUUAGAUGAGAGACUAAAUUCAAAAGUUUGAAUUGAAAAAAAAAUGAAGAAUAAAGGAAGAGAGAAAAUAGAGUAAAAAGAAAAGAAAAUCCACGUCUGUUUUUUUUUUUAAAUCUGCUAAAAAUAAUCACAGGUUAAAAAUAUUAAGUAAAAUAAAACCACUCAGUUUGAUUUAAGAAAGAAUGCCUACUGAGUCAGUACAACUUUACAUCUUUAGUGACUUUCUGUUUAUUUACCUGCGGAUGAAAAUUCACCUAAUGAAGUAAAAGACUCCUUGACACUUGAAUUUACUUAAAAACCUCUAUAGUGGACCAUGGCACUGUUUGGCCCAACCACAGAGGAUUUUCCUGUACACAGCUGCUUUCGAGCAAGGACUGGGGAAGUAUCCCAAGUGAGACCACAUCCAGGAUAAUCAGAAAAUGCAAGAACAAAGUCAGAGAUGCAUUUUGACCUUUUGUUACCUCCUUCCUUAGGAGGGACAAUGGAAAAUAUUAUAAUACAGAAAUCUAUUUAAGAAGGUCAGGGGUUUCUAAUAUCAUGUGUUCAAUGUUUGGCCAAUGGAAAGAGACAUGAGGAAGUGCUAGUCAGGGCUCUGGUGUGGAGGGUUUUCCCAUAGCAACAUUAUACUCAAAUGCUUUAUGUCUCUGCAUCACUUCUUCCCCUAAAAAUAAAAAGUAGUAUGCUCUCUUCUUCCUUUUUUUUUCCUAAUCACUAUUACAAAGGUAUCAGUCAGAACCACACAUACUUUGUUUGCUGCCUUUAAAAAAUUUCCAUAUCAUUUGAAUAUAAACCCAAUUUACUUAGCUGCAUAUGAUUGAAAUAUUUGCAUGCUGGUUUAUAAAUUAUGACCUAAAAGUUUUUAAAAAUAGUAUAAGCAUAACAUUUUAGUGCUCAAACAUUAUUACAUGUUCUUUGUAUCUGGGAUUCAUGGAGAAGGCGGUCAGUAUCUUUUCUUUUGCUGUCAUGUGCCAUUUUCUUGGAUGUGUAAAGACAUCUUGGUUUUGAAACUUACAAAACCACUUUCAUCCUGAGCCUGCUUCCCUUUACUUUUCCCUCUCACCAAGUAUUGACUCCAACAUUACAGUUUCUAGAGCUAAGUCUUUUGAAACAUCCCCCCUCAAAAUCACAUUCACCCAUUUCACCCACACUGUUGCUCUCUUUCAAAAUACACCCACACUGACAGCUUUUCCAACCAUCAUCAGUACACUGGGCCAAGAUUCUCCUUUCUUCUGCCCUUAGCUGCUAGAGUCAAUUAUCAAAACAUUAGCUAACAUAAGCCUUCUAAAAUGUAAGCACUCAUUAUACUCUUCUCAAACCCCUUUGAAAGAGCAAAACCCUAAGUCCUUAUAAAGGUGUAUGAGGAGAGUGGAUAUGAAGUCAUUAAGCACUAGUGUAGCAGAAUAGCAUAUUUUAUGAUUGGGCUGGCAUUUUUACCUAUAGGAGACAAAAGAAGUAUUAAAUACUUUUAUAUUUUGUUUCUAAAGACCUCUCUCUCCUGGCUGUGACUUUUCUUACACCAUCUCUUAAGAAGAGCUCCUUUAUUAUUCUUAAGAAGCGCUCAAGAUUGUGGCGAAUCUUGGUGUUCCAGGAGCCUGCCAAGUGCACCUCUGCUUCAAGACUCUCACUCUUCUAUAGUCUUUAUAUGUCUCCCAGAUAUCUACAUAGCUCAUUCCCUCAUCUCCUUCAGGUCUACAUUCAAUUAUCUCCUUCUUAGUGAGAUAUCUCUUCUAAUUUAAAAUGAAAGAGCCCGAUAGUUGUUCAUAUUCUCCUUUUGUGCUCUAUUCAUUCUCCAUUGUAUUAAUCACCUGAUAUACCACAUAGCUCAUUCAUUUAUCUUACUUAACAUCUCUGUCCUAUAGAAUAUGAACCCCACAAGGGCAGGGAUUUUUGUCAGUCUGUUUACUCAUGCAUUACCAGUGCCUUGAAUGGUGCCUGGAACAUAGUAGCAAAUCCAAAAAGAUUUCAUCAAAAUCUUAAUUGGUUUCUUCAAGUUACACUAUACAGUAACCAAUAACAUGCAUUUAAGGGGAACUUGUUUUUGUUUGUUUUUUUAACUUAAAAAAUCUUAUUCCUCUUUUAAAGAGAAAACCUGCCUCUGAAAAUGAUGAUAUCAUGAACUGGAAAUUAUAUCUUCCUCUCUGUAAAUCUGAUCUCUAUCCCAGGGCCUAACUUCUACAUUUUUUUUCCAGGUUUAUCUUUGAAAAUGACUCUAAAGUCAUUGGGCCCUAUACCCAUCAUGCACAUAGCUUAUAUUUAUUCUUUAAGACCAGAAUCUUCAUGUGAAACAUCAUUUUGAGAUUAAAAAAAAAAAACCAUACUGAAUUGCUCUUUGUUGCAUAUUCCAGUUCAUUUCAAAUUUAAAAGUUGCUGUGAGUUAAAGACCAUAAUUCCUCCAAUAUUAGAAGCUAGUUUAAAAACUAUGCCAUAUAGUUACUUUACUGUAAAGGAGAAAACAAGGAUGUGGAAAAGGAGAAGGAUGAGGAGAAGGAACGGAAAUUAUGAUCAUUCCCUUUGAGUCAUAAUUACAAGAUGAAUAGGAAAGUAUUUUGGUGUUUUAAAGAUCUAUCCAUGAUCUAGAAAUAUAUAUGUUGGAGCCAUUUAGUCUAUAAAUCCUUUUAACAGAAGUCUUAUAUCAAAUGGGUUUUAUAUUUUACAUAUAUUUUUAUUUUGAAAAUCUAUAGUUCUGAUGUACAAUAACAGGCAUUGUUUAUCCUUAUAAUAUUCUAACUGGCUUUCCAACUUCCUUCUCCUCUUUAAUUCUAGAUAUACUUUUUAGAAUUUUACAGUCUUAUUUGUUAUUCUCACCUAUCUCCAUAGUUUUAUUUCCUACCAUUUGUUCUGUAUUCUCCAUACUUAUACUAAUUAAAUAUCCUAGAUACUGAUUUUUGGAUGAGGGAUUUCAGAGUUUCAUCCUUCACUGUUUAUCUUUUUGUUCUUACCAAUCCUUAUAUUUCUUUUACUUGCCUACAUUUUUUUUUUUUUGCCUUUCCCUCAAUGUGAUAGCUCAGACCUUCAGUUUUCAUCUCCUACCAGGCCUUCUGUGAAAAAAGACACUGAAAAUAAAGACUUGGCAGGUGGUACUGAGGAAGGAAGCUCAACCUGAAGAUUAAGGAUAGAUGUUUUAAAACAGUUUUCAGAAGUCAACCAGACUUUCAGUGGCUUUAGGAUCUAAGGGGUUUCACCUUGAGUAUUUCAUAGGAUGUCAAUAAUCAAUUUCACUUGUGUGCAUUGUCAUUCACAAGGAAUACACGGCAAUCAGGGUCAACAGAUACUUUGGGAAAACCUUCUCUAGAGAAGAGUUUAAUGGCUCUUGCUCAGGAAAAAGGCAGAAUUUUCUUGUGUUUCUUACUAUUUGAUCCUUGACAGUCUGUAUGAUGGAAGCCAUUUCCCUCUGUGAUGUCCUUUUCAUUGCCAGCAUUUAAGAAUGCGUUUAGCAUCACUUCAGAAAUAAAGAGUUCAAGCUCAAGUAUACAUAGUACCUGGAAGAUACUGCCAUUCAUUGUCUCUUUUGCUGAAUUUUGUUCCUUUUUAUAAUUAUUUUUAUGUUUGAAUCCUAAGAAUAUGUUCCUUGGUGAAUUUUAUUAAUUACACCCCCUUUUAAUGGAUUUAAAAUUUUUCCAAACCAGGUCACUGUUUAUUAUGUUAUUAAAAUGAUAAUAUUUCAUUUCCUAUUCAAAAAGAAACUAUUUUGUUGUCUUUACUGAUUUGUGAGGAUGAAUGGAGUUCUGUUAAAUAAAAUGUCACUAAAUGAAAUUCUGGAUUUGCAAAUAUAGGAGUGUGUAUGUGUCCACGCAGUUUUUCAUCAGAAGCUAAAUUCCUACCAGUAGGAAACAUAUCAAAUAACUGUAAAUAAAUGUUAAAGUAUGAAGACAUGAAAUUGAUGUUAAUAUUUGGAAACAUAAAAUGCUUUUAAAACUGA